AUGAGAAAGUCCGUCAAGUCAUUCCCUCCUCCUACACGGAGAAAAGUAAUUGAAGCCAUCCACAAGAUGAAUUCAAGUCAGAGCCAAAGGACUCAGCACAACCUUUCUCGCCAAUCAUCGAAGUCGAAGAGUGGAUGCUGUCGAGGCUUCAGCAGUGUUGAGACUGUGUCAUCCACCGCACCAACCUUGCAACACCAUCAGCUUCAGCAGCGUUUCCAAAAAUUGGAACUAGAGGUGGCAGGUUUGGAAAAAGAGGUGAGAAGGCAGACAGAACUGCGAGUGAUGUAUAGGAAGAGAAUGGAAACCACGCAAGAUUACUUGAAAUAUUGUCUCCAAAUAGCACAAGAAAAUGGAAUCAUGGACCUCAUUAUCCACUCCAAAGGUGAACUCUCACAAUCUCCCCUCUCUCUGCAUACCGUCAACUCCACUCCCACAACACCUCAAAUCCCCACUCCUUCGCACCACCACCCCAAUCUAAUGGCCAUCGUUGAUCAAGCUAAAACCAACGGAUGGUUCAUUAACCCUAGCGAGAUUCAAUUGGGAGAAAAAAUAGGGCAGGGAACCACGGCGGAGAUUUAUAGAGGGACGUGGCGCGGAUUUGACGUGGCGGUGAAGUGCAUGUCUGCUGCAUUCUUCAGCAAAAAUGAAAACGGUGUCGUAUUCUUCGCUCAGGAGGUUGAAACCCUCUCGAAGCAGCGUCACCGGUUUGUGCUUCACCUCAUGGGUGCGUGUCUGGAGCCACCGCAUCAUGCAUGGGUGGUUACCGAGUAUCUGAACACCACGCUCAAGGAGUGGCUUCAUGGGCCGGGCAAAAGGCCCAAAGACAGAACCCUGCCACUUCCUCCCUUCAAAGACAGGGUGAUGCGGGCCCUGGAAAUAGCCCAAGCCAUGCAGUAUCUCCACGAACAAAAGCCCAAGGUGAUUCAUCGGGACUUGAAGCCCAGCAACAUCUUCUUGGACGAUGCCUUGCAUGUAAGAGUGGCGGAUUUUGGACACGCACGGUUCUUGAGUGAUGACGAAAUGGCCCUCACUGGAGAAACAGGAACAUAUGUGUAUAUGGCACCGGAGGUAAUUCGGUGCGAGCCCUACAAUGAAAAAUGUGAUGUAUACAGUUUUGGAAUCAUACUGAACGAGUUACUUACUGGAAAAUACCCUUAUAUUGAGACAGAAUUUGGUCCCGCCAAGAUUGCCAUGGAAGUGGUGGAGAAUGAGCUAAGGCCUGUACUUGCAUCAGGGGACGAUGGUGAGCAACUGGGAGAGAAGCAGGGUCUGCAAGGCGGCGAAGUGAGCAUGGCUGAGAAGAAAAGGGAAGUGAUGUUGGCGAUUCCGAAUGAGGGUGGUGAUGAAUCUUUGAUGCCAAAGCAGCAGAGCCGGGUGAAUUCGCCACACAGAAUGUUAAACGACAACGAGUUUGCUGCAAAGUCGCCACCUUUGAACUGUUCUUCCCCUGAGAUAAGGUUCAUGCCAAGCCCAAACAAGCCCCCAAAGGUUCCCACUUCCAGCGCCAAUCUCACCCGGAGAAAAUCUCUCACAAGGUCAGUCUAUUCCAAACCUAAAUCGAGGUUUGGUGAACAGCCUUACCCCGUUGAUGGGACCCUUUUGGAAGAGAAUGGUGCCUCAACGUUGCAAGAAAAUUUGACUGUUGGUUCACCAUAUAAAGCAUCGCCUAAUAACAACAAUAAACCUGCUGCAACUGUUAAUAGAACAGUCUCCAUCCUUUCUGUGAUAACUCCCAAGACGCCAUUGAUGGCGUCUCCAGGGCCGGCCGGCGGGGAGGAUUUCGAUGAAAUCAUUUACAGGAAAGUUGAAUUGAGUAAAAGCAAGCGUACUAAGAGAGUGACAGCUAUGGUUUUGUUUGAAUGGUUUGUGUUUGUGUGCAUUGCAAGUAGUUUGGUGGCUAGUUUAACAGUUGGAAAACUUAAAAGAACGGAGAUUUGGGGUUUGGGGAUUUGGAGGUGGUGUGUGCUUGUGAUGGUGACCUUUUGCGGCAUGUUGGUUACCAGAUGGUUCAUGCGCAUUGUUGUUUUCUUGAUUGAGACUAACUUUUUAUUGAGGAAAAAGGUGCUGUAUUUUGUUCAUGGACUGAAAAAGUGUGUCCAGUUCUUCAUUUGGCUUGGUUUGGUUCUUCUCACAUGGGUGCUGCUGAUAAACCCCGGGGUCCACCGAUCUGAAUUGGCAACAAAGAUUUUGGAUGGCGUAACAUGGACUCUUGUUUCCGUCCUCAUUGGAGCAUUCCUUUGGUUCGUGAAGACAUUGUUGCUGAAGCUUUUGGCGUCAAAUUUCCAUGUUAAAUCUUUCUUUGAUCGAAUUCAAGAAUCACUCUUUCAUCAGUACAUUCUGCAGACUCUCUCUGGGCCACCGCUUGUAGAAGAGGCUGAGAAGGUCGGGGCAUCGCUCAGUGUUGGUCGCUUUAGUUUCAAGAGUACAGAUGGUAAAGGUGGAACGAAGAAAGAGACUAUUGAUAUAGCGAAGCUUCACCAGAUGAAACAAGAAAAGGUUUCUGCAUGGACUAUGAAGGUCUUGGUGGAUGCAAUGACAAAUUCAGGGCUGUCCACAAUCUCUAGUGCACUAGAGGAAAGUUUUGAUGAUGGAGAAAAUGAACUGACUGAUAAAGAGAUUUCUAAUGAGAUGGAAGCAACUGCUGCAGCCUAUUACAUUUUCAGGAAUGUUGCUGCCCCUGGUUGCAAGUACAUUGAUGAGGAUGAACUUCGGAGGUUCAUGAUAAAGGAAGAAGUGCGGAUGGUAUAUCCCUUACUGGCUGAAGCCGAAACCGGGCAGAUUACCAGGAAGUCCUUAACAGACUGGUUGUUGAAGGUAUAUCAGGAACGCAAAGCAUUGGCACAUGCCUUAAGCGACACCAAAACUGCUGUGAAACAACUAAACAAGCUCGUUACAGUAAUCCUAGUAGUGGUGACCAUAAUUGUGUGGCUUCUACUAAUGGAGAUUGCAACUACAAAAGUACUUGUAUUCCUCUCUUCCCAGCUAGUACUUGCAGCUUUCAUGUUUGGAAACACUUGCAAAAAUAUAUUUGAAGCUAUCAUCUUUGUGUUUGUGAUGCAUCCAUUUGAUGUUGGUGAUCGAUGUGUUGUCGAUGGGGUUGAGCUAUUGGUUGAAGAAAUGAAUAUAUUGACCACAGUCUUCUUGAAGCUUAAUAAUGAAAAGGUGUACUAUCCAAAUUCCCUCUUGGCCACGAAACCGAUUAGCAAUUAUUACCGAAGCCCAGAUAUGGGUGACCGUGUAGAGUUCUCUAUUGAUUUUACAACACCAGCUGAAAAAAUUGGGGCACUGAAAGAAAGAGUGAAGAGGUACCUGGAGAGAAAUCCACAAUACUGGCAUCCUAAUCAUGGCUUAGUGGUUAAGGAUAUUGAAGACGUAAACAAGAUUAAGAUGGGUAUAAACGUUACUCACACAAUGAACUUUCAAGAGUUUGGGGAGAAAACCAAGAGAAGAACUGAAUUGGUGAUGGAAAUAAAGAAAAUAUUUGAAGAACUCAACAUCAGAUACAACCUUCUACCACAAGGCAUUCAUCUCAGACAUAUGGAGCCAGAUCCUGGGGAAGUAGAGAAUCUCCCACGUAGGAUAACCUACAAGUGCCACGUAAUCAGAAAAUCUCGAGUUGUGUCCAUUUCAUUAUCCAGUCCUGAGCUCCACCUCUUGAGCAGAAUCUUGAGGCCAGAUCAGGUAAGCACAACCAAGGCAACACCUGAGAUGGCUUCUGCUACUGCUUCUGCUUCUGCUUCUGUUCCAGUAGUGGCUUUGUCUCUAACCUCAAUUACCCACAGCAAGCCUUCAUCCCAAGCCUUCUUCAGGCCAUUACCCCUAUCCCAACCAAAGAGGACCCUCUCCACAAAGCCACUGUCAAAGUCCAACUUUCAAAUUAACGCAUCUUUGAAGGAGAAGGCAGUGACAGGACUCACAGCCGCAACCUUCACAGCCUCUAUGGUGAUCCCAGAGGUGGCCAAUGCUGCUGGAUCCGACUUCUCCCCUUCUCUCAAGAACUUUCUGCUCAGCAUCUUCGCUGGUGGGGUUGUGCUAGUAGCCAUAUUUGGAGCAGUUGUUGGAGUUGCCAACUUUGAUCCGGUUAAGAGAACUUAA